AUGUAUUUCCCUUUAGUUAUUCUUCUCGCCUUAUCCUCGGGCGCCGCUGCGGCGGUUGCGCGCUUCGAUAUCCCGGUACCAGUCCAAGUCCGCGACGACCCUACGCCGACGGAGUGCACAGCUUCGGCAAUCACCACCGAAACUACUAUCAACCGGGGAAGUGAGGGGAUCUGGGUAAUGGGACCGAAAGCAACGAAUAUCAAUGAGCUUUAUACAUUCAGACAGACGGACUGGCUUGACAACGACCACCAAAAAAUACUUGAUACUUGCGGCAGUAUUUGCCUGGCGGGAAACAAUACCGCUGAAGCAGGCACUUGGCUCCCGAGCGGAAAAUACUUCCAAGGCGGAUAUGUGCAACACACCGGGAGGAAACAGCCCAGACCACCUCCUAUGGCAGUGCUCGUGCUACGAUCGUGCUGUGACACAAGACGAUCUCGUUCCUGGAACAGGAACCUGGAACGGAGCCAACCCGGGAAGUGGAACCAUACUCAACCGAAAGUGCUGAUUCGGCCGCUAUGCAAACGGGACUCGUUUGAGGUUGGCUAA